AGUAAGGAGAAUAUAGCAUCGAGAGCAUAUAUCACUUUCAAGGAAUACGCCCAGCUGUUGUCUUUCCAUGCUGGAUUUGAUGGCCACUUAGAAAGUAGAGCCUCUAUUGAGUUCGCUCCAUACCAGAGAACACCACAACCGAAGCAGAAACAAGACCAAAGACAGGGCACGAUUGAAGAAGGUGAA